GGAAUUAUAAGCGGGGAAGAAUGAAUGAGUAGUUGAUGGAACUGGACAAAAUCCUCGAACAGUCUCAUCUCUGCGCUCCAUCGUCUUCUCUCUCACUCUCUCUCUUAUACAUCUCCUUCCUCUGCCAUCGAUCAUGGCUACCCAUAGCCUAAACCUCUGUGGAGUACUCUCCGAAACCAAGCGUAUAAUCAACGCUUACUCCCGUCAUUUCUUGGCCCUCUCUGUUCUCUUUCUCCUCCCUCUCUCCUUCUCUCUCAUCGUCUACCCUUCUCUUUCACGCUCCCCUUCAACUGUUUCCAAUUAUCACCAAUCCCUUUACUUCUUUUCUUCGCCCGAACCAGAUAUCCCCCAAAUUGAAAAAUCCCGUCUCCUUCUCCCACUUCUUUACGGGCUCUUUGUUCUCCUUUUCUCCCUUUGCGCUACCGCCUCUGUCACCUACAGCACCUUCCACGGAUUCUACGGCAGGCCCGUGAAGUUUGUUUCCUCAAUUAAGUCUAUUCUCUUUUCGUUUUUCCCCCUGGCUGCGACCCAGAUCCUCACCCAGAUAAUUGUGGGAUUGAUUGCCUUUGCUUUUGGGGGUUUCACGGUGUUGGUGUAUAGUGGAUUUGCUUUAUUCGGGGUUGAAAUCGACUACGAGAAUGUAUAUUUUCGGGGCUUUGUUAUCUUGAUCGUUGUUUUGCUUGUGGGUUUAUUGAUUUACUUGCAGGUGGAGUGGUAUUUGUCGAAUGUGGUGGUGGUUGUGGAAUCGCAAUGGGGUUUGGCACCCUUGAAAAGGAGCUCGUAUUUGGUGAAAGGGAUGAGACGGGUUGCGUUUUCCAUGAUUAUGUUGUUCGGAGUAUUGCUUGGUCUGUUGGCUAUGUCGUGCUCUAGUUUGGUGCCUGAUGUGGGUGGAAUUAGAGAGGGCUGGGUUAGCUGGGCAUUCAUUUUUCAGACGGUUGUUUACACGGGUUUUAUGACAAUUUUGAUGCUUUACGGUAUAGCUGCAAACGCCGUGUUGUUCAUGUAUUGCAAAGCCUUGCACGGAGAGUUGGCAUUUGAGAUUGCAGAAGAAUUUGCACGGGAGUAUGUGAGCUUGCCUUUUGAUGAUGGGAAGGUUCCUCAUGUUGUUUAUGUCGUCUAACUGCAGGAUGAGCUUGAGUGUUGAUGUAGUACCCAAAUUCGUUGGUGUUGAGAAGUUGUUUGGAGCUCUGGUUUCACGUUAUGCUCCACCUGUGAGCAUUCAGUUUUUGCCCUUCUCUGGUGGUUUUAAUCAGCCCAACUGUAGUCAUAUGUUGAUUUGAAUGUAAAGACGGUACACUUACUAAUCUGUAUGGACUAUGGACUGCUUGUAUACCAACUUUAUGGGACUAGUUCACUUGCAUUCACAGCUA